UUUGUCGUUUUCGAGAAAGUUGCCUAUAAACAACAAAUAAUAUUACCCAGAAUGCAUUGUAACUUACAGAAUGCAUUGUAAUAAACAGGAGUAAUAUACCAUAAAACAAUGCAUUCUGGGUAAUAUAUGUCAUUUUCGACAAUGUAUAUCUGAGGGGAACUGACUGUUCAGAAAAGUUUAGAUGGUAUUUUCUUUUCAUCUUACCUCCAUACAAUGCAUUUUAAAAUGGUGUUUGUAAGCGCGCAGCGCUGCUUUGUUUAUGGCGGUAACCAAGGAAGCGUUGUAUUGCCGCUGUUCCAUAAGCGCCACUUGCUGUCAGAUAUUGAAUUUGCAUUCUCAUGCAGACCGUCUGCUUUUUACAAAGAAAUAUGCAGCAUUUUGUCUGAGUAGUAAAAAAAGACACUUUCUCAUUUAUACUUUGUUUUAAAUCUCAUUUUGUUAAACAAAAUCGUGAGAAAAUCAUAUCGUGAAACCAGUAUCGUGAAUCGUGAGUUGAGUGAAUCGUUACAUCCAUAGUUUCUGAUCAUUUCCUCUCUUCUUGAGAUGGUCCUCACUGCAGAACACUUUACAUAUCCCUAAACCUACCCGUCUCCACCCCCUGGAUCUAGAUCCAACUCCUCCCACUUUACAUAUCCCUUAACCUACCCGACUCCGCCCCCUGGAUCUCGAGUGUUCUGCAGUGAGGGGCUACUGCUCUUCUUUAGUAUCUUAGUUGAUUGUCAUUCACUUAACUGAACAAUAGAUGGCAGCACGUGCCCAGUCUGCUUCAGUCUGACUGUUCCAGGAUUCUUAAACGAGUUCGUGGGCCUACAAACAUCCUUCAGUGUUCUUGGAGGAGCUCUUUAGAGUUCGCCACACUGUCAGUCAAAUAAAACUCAAUGAAGCGUGAUGUGUGCUGUCAGAGACACGAGAUCUGCAUUUUUGAAGAAGCAUGCACACAUGUGUUUGAGGAGGAAGCAGAUGGACUGGUUUCUGUGAGAUCUAGCCAAACACUGACACUCCCUCUGCACAGACACGUGCUUUGAGUCCAGCUUUUCUUCACUGGAGGUCUGCCUGUGAACCUGCAGCUUUCAGCGUUGCAUCACUUGAAGCACCUCUGAUGUCAGAAGCUUUACCAUCUCAGUUCAUCUCUGGUUUCUGUGUGAAGAUGGAGGGUGUUCUGGAUGCUACGCUCUGUCUGUGUGUGUGCAAACUGAUUAGCAGUAUGCUGUUGUGUCCGUCUGUAGUCACACACACCAUCACUGCGGUCAGUCUUUGCUGCUGCUGCCUGUUGUUAUUCACAGACCUCGCCGUCACCUUGUUUCUGCUCUACAUCUGGCUCAUGGAGUCCUGGUUGACGCCUUUUUACGUUUCCUCGGAUAUCAUCGCCCUUCGAUUCCUGCUCUUUCUUUGCCAGGCUUAUGGAGUCGUGCUGCUGCUGACGCCGCCUCUGAUUGCUGUGGAGUUGUUGGUUAAUCUGCUGCGUCCUCAAGAUGGGCGAACGAAGGGACACUUGGAGCAAAAUUCAAGUGAAUCCGAUUGUCUCUCUAGGACAGUCGGAUGUUUUGGAUGUCUUCUAGCAUGGAUUGUGAGCGGAAUCUGCAGUAGCCAUGACUGGACGCUGGAACGGUUCUCUGUGGAAGCCUGUUUGAAAAGAGGUGGAUGCCUUGUUACAUGCAUUCCUGACAUGGAUGAGUUAUCCUGGUUUCUUCCUGCAAUGGUGGUUCUGUUGAGUUUGACAGGCAGUUUAGGUCGGCUCAAGUCCCGAAGUCCACCUGACACACAGAUGGGCAAGAAAAAGGACUAUAUAUCACUAAGUCAGGUUGACUCAGAAAAAACACCCAACAGCUGUGGUGUUCACAGGACCGGGUGUGUUUACAGUGAGCAACGAUGGUCCUGUCCUGGGAAUGAUGUGCUGUGCGCUCACCAAACCAGUUUGGCAGACAAUUAUAUCCAGAAACAAAAGCAAUCAGCAUUUACACAGUCUAAACCCAAUCCGCUAGAGGUCACAUCAGAGCGAUGUGUUUUUAACAGGUCUCAAGGCAAACGCUGUUGGCCUCCCGAAAGGGAAAGUCCCUGCUUGUGGCGAGAAACAUUCACAGGGUUGGUAUGCAUGCUUCUGGUUUGCGUUUUUCCCACAGUCGUCAGCGGUAAUAUUCUCCUAAUCUUUAACCUGGAGAACUUGGUGGCGUACAGCUUGAAACUCUUAUCUCAGUCGGUUAACAGAGUCCCGGAUCUGUAAGUGACAGCAAAAAAAAAAUGUGAUUGCAAAUCACACUGUGGUUUGUGAAGCUGAAAACUGCAAAAGGAGAUGGCAGAUCUUUCAAGUCCACACAAACUCAUUUGAAGGAACGUAUAUGCACGCAUACUGCAGCAAAAUCUGAUAGACGAAGACAAAUUAAGAUUGCAAAAACAGAUGUGUUAAGAAUUCAUGAGUUUGUGCGGUGCAUUUUCUAAAUAAACUGUUCGUUUUGAGAGCACCAGCUGGUUUCAUAUGAGAUAGUUGAGUUAUUUUUAAACCUAAAACCAGUUUACGGUUCCCUAAAAAGGGAAAAGGGCCCGAGGGGUGCUGUGCUUCACAGAACAAUAGUGACAUAUGAGCAGUGGCAUUUAGAGUUAACAUAAAAAAUCAAAAUGUGCAAUAAAGUAUUUAUGCGUACAGAUGUGCUUGGAGGCGCUGGUUAUUUGUCAUGAGCACAUUCAUCAAACUCUGAAAUUCUCCACAACUUGACGUACAGUUUGAAUCAGUACAGUGGAAUGAACAGACACAUUCAUGACCGAACAAGUAAAAAUAAGAACAAUCACAAAAGUUCAAUGGGAAAACAAACCUCCUGCAGCUGUUGAAGUAUACAUUUCAACACCAGAGGUCUCCCUGCGCUGUCUUUAGGAAAUCUGCAUUUGAAACUGUAUGCUGAAACCGAAGCUUUUGUUAAUUGGCUCAUCUUUCUUUUUUGCUCUUCUGUAGCUCUAGUUCAGCUCUUUGGAAAAGCACCACAGGGCAAACGCUACAACUGACGGCACAUACAGUAAACGUGUCCUGCUGAAAAACUCAGACUUGCACAGACACAUGCAGGAGACACAGAGUAAACACAGAAGAGCAAACAACUCUGAUCAAAGCGUGCAUAUUAGUAAAGGGAGUGCUGCAAAACUGGGUGGCAAUAAAUGCAUUAGAAACUGUUAUUUUAGUAUUAUUUAUAUACUAUUAUAGUAUUUAUUAAUAUUUUGAAUUAGCUUUUAUUUUUAUAUUUUCAGAUUUCAUUUUAAGUUUAGUUUUAGUUAUUUUAUGUGCUUUUAUUGUUUUUAUUUUUGUUUAUAUUCCUAUUUAUUUUAAUUUCUGUUUUUUAGUACUUAAAUUAAAAUUCAACUUCUAAUUAGUUGCCAAGAGCACAUUUCUAAUUUUCAUUUUGUUCAAAUAUUAUCUAAUACUUUAUUUUAAUUCAGCUUCAGUUAACAAAUUAUUUUCAUUAGUUU